CCGCCAUUGACGGACCCACGAUUAGGAGGAGGAAAGGGUCAGAGAGGCGGCGGCGGCUUCACGUUUCUCCAGUCUUCGACCUCAAGUUUGCCUUCACUUAACACUUUUAACACUUUGCUCGCAGACGUCGUAUCUCUUGCGAAUGAUUUCGGUUGGCAUCUGUAAGUACAUUAGCCUGUAAGGAGCGUGUUAUUUCACUGGACUCCACAAGUAAACGGGCUAACGUUAGCUAGCGAUCCGGUUAGCUGCACGGGGGGUGGGGGGGUGGGGAGCAGGUUUGCCUGCUGUGCCGUUUGAUGGAUCCGAGAAUCGCCUGGUUUCAACCAGAACAACGUGGACCCGCAAACAACCUGUGGAUACAGAUUUGGGAGACGACACAAGGGCUCGGCUACUUGCACGUUAACAGCAGUUACACCACCAGCGGUUCUCAAAGCGUGUCGAGCCCGAGAGCGAUCGUCAACGGGGCGUCCGGAGCCGUACUGGCCGGCGGCAAAGGGUCUCUGGACUCUAACGCCGGUGUCGGUGAAGCCAGGACUCAGGGGAUGUCGACCUCAAUGGGGGACGGAGAAAUAAGCGAACAACGAGACUUUCUACCACUGGAAAGUGAUAGCAACCAAAACAAUCGUUCCGCCAGCAGGGGCGGUAUCGGCGGAGGGGUGCAGGGGAGCGGGGUCGCUGUGGUUUGGAGAGGGCAGUCGGAUGGAGCCGGACACCCAAACAAAAGGAAAAGGGAGAACAAGGCCAGCACUUUCGGAUUCAAUUCUAGCCUCCUGCUUACUGGCGCUGGAUCGCACACAGAAGGUUUUGCAGCUUACACGGGAACACCGUGGAAAACCAGGAACUACUCAGAAGGAAUUGUGGGGUUACACGAGGAAAUCACGGACUUCUUUGAAUACAUUUCCCCACGACCGGAGGAGGAGAAGAUGAGGCUGGAAGUGGUCGACAGAAUCAAGGGAGUCAUCCACGACCUGUGGCCCAGUGCUGAGGUCCAAGUGUUUGGGAGCUUCAGCACUGGUCUUUAUCUUCCAACAAGUGACAUUGACCUGGUAGUUUUUGGCAAGUGGGAGACACUCCCACUCUGGACGUUGGAAGAAGCUCUCCGGAAGAGGAAUGUUGCAGACGAAAACUCCAUCAAGGUUUUGGAUAAGGCCACGGUUCCCAUCAUCAAACUGACCGAUUCCUUCACUGAAGUCAAAGUUGAUAUCAGCUUCAAUGUGAAAAGUGGAGUCAAAGCCGCCCGACUCAUCAAAGAAUUUAAAGAGAAAUAUCCAGUGCUGCCUUACCUGGUCCUGGUGCUGAAACAGUUCCUACUGCAGAGGGACCUCAAUGAGGUUUUCACAGGAGGAAUAGGAUCCUAUAGUCUCUUCCUCAUGGCUGUUAGCUUCCUGCAGCUGCACUACAGGGAGGACGUGUGCAGUCCCAAUAUCAACAUCGGUGUCCUGCUCAUUGAGUUCUUUGAGCUCUAUGGACGCCACUUCAACUACCUGAAAACUGGCAUCAGGAUAAAAGACGGCGGCUGCUACGUUGCCAAAGACGAGGUUCAGAAAAAUAUGCUGGAUGGUUACAGGCCUUCCAUGCUCUACAUCGAAGACCCGCUGCAGCCAGACAACGAUGUUGGUCGGAGUUCAUAUGGUGCCAUGCAGGUGAAGCAGGCAUUUGACUACGCCUACGUGGUUCUGAGCCAUGCUGUGUCACCCAUCGCUAAGUAUUACCCCAAUAACGAGACAGAGAGCAUACUUGGACGAAUAAUCCGGGUGACUCAGGAGGUGGACGAUUACAGGGAAUGGAUUCGAAAGAACUGGCAGAGUCCAUCUCAGAAUGAUCUGCCACUUAACAGAAAUGAUGUCACACUGAUUGUGGAGUCCCAGCAGCUUGACAAAUGCAACAACAAUGUCGCAGAUGAAGAUGUGGUGGUGCGCCCAUCGGUUCAUAGCAGCAAAACCUCCUCCAACGCCUCCUCUCCAUCUCGCUCACUGCGCUCUUCUCCCUCCUCCUCUCCUCUGUUGCCUUCGUCGUCCUCAUCCUCCAUCUGUAGCGAUGUGGACUCUGAUGGAUCUCCGUGUAAGACGGCAAAGCAGCACUCUGCUCAGGUCUCCAGCACCCACAGAGAACACGCUGGUGUCAUCACGAAUCACCGGAGCCAGAAUCACGCUACCAGCACUCCAACUGGAAACAACAAGGGGGGCAAAGUACGCUCAUCUGAAAGGUUAACACCUGUGCAAUGCAGAUUUGAGACCAGAACAUCCCGCCCCCAACAUAAGAGCAGCCACCAGGCACACCAGAGCUCCUCCACCACCAAAAGUCAUCAGAGCAACAAACCACAGCACCACGGCAACAACAAGAGGAGGAAAAAUCAGCGGGACUCCAUGCAAGAAGACCUUUGCAGAUAGGGGUGAUCUCCCGUCCCCACUCGUCCCCGUCUGCUACUGACUCACUGUCCUACUUCUGCUGCCAGACUCCAGUCUAUGGAGGAUGUUUGGACGUACUAAACGUCUGUGCUGUCUUGUCUUCUCUCUCAAGCUUGUUUGGGUGACGAGCAACAUUUUAUAGCAGAUUAAAAAGAACAAAAAAUAAUUAUUAUCUCAUUUACAGUUAAAUUUUCAGAUAUAAACUGAAAUCGCACAGGAUAAGCGCUCAUUUGCUUCUUGGAACUAUUGUGCCACAGCCGGCACCUGCGUAAAAUGCCUAGCACCUCCUGUUGUCCAUGAAAGGACAGGGCGGGUGUCUGGAAUCUACUCUGGAGCAAUACACGGAGCUGGCUGUGUUUCUUCACUUGGAAAAUAGUGGGAUGCGUUUUAAGAAAGAUAGGAGAAGUGGUUUAAAAUGUGCAAACUUGUUAUGCUAAACAACACAAAAACAUGUACCCAUAUUUUAAAUGAUGGUAACUGACAAAUGCAAGUAAUCGGUUAAGUGUGGGACAUAACUUAUGCAUGAGAUCUUUUUGUUGGUUGAUUUUACUGUUGGUUUAUCUGUUUUGGUAUGCCUAUACAGGUGAAACAGAUUUGUACAAAAUGACAAGAAGAAAAAACCUUUAAAAAAAAAAAAAAAUUGUUUCAUAUUACCUUUUUACAUGAAAGACCAAUUGAAGAUGUAGACAUGCACACUUUGUGCCCCCAGCUUUUGGUCCUGUUGCCAAUGUAAAUCAUCAGCAUCAACUUAGCCAGUGGUGAGCUCACGCUUAUGUGCAGCCCCUGUAGGAGACUGGACGGAGCCCAAUCCUCUGAGCCAGCUCGAUAGCACAGCCACAGUGGGGUUUACAGGCUUUAAGACUGCUGGUUUCAAUUCAUCAAAGGGUGAUAAUGGUUUUAU